AUGUCUCCAGCGAGCUAUAUAACAGAAGGAACAGUUGAUACAAACCCCCAUGUGGUUAGCAAUAUGCCACCUGAUGUCAAAAAUAUUGUUAAGAAACGGAAAGUGUGCUUCACAGUAGAGACCAAAGAAGAACGGCCAGAUGGGCAUACGGUUAUGGCACAUGCACGCAAGCGGUACCAAAGGGAUAUCGAUGAUGACAUCCCCGAUCUGACGCUCAAUAAACAACAUCCAUAUGGUGUAAAACCAUUAGGGAAUAUGUAUAUGAGUGAGGUCAAAUGUAUACGCAAGCAUGGACUGGGUGCUUUUGCCGCCCUGGACGAUGAGCUCUUUAUUCAGUUUCUGGGCGAGCUACAAGCG